AUGGAGCAAAAUCAGGUCUCUUCCCAAAGCGAGCUCGAGGCAAACCAGCACGUCCUGAUCCAAUCCUGCUUCCAGAAGACCCCAGCGCUGGAUUCCCAGGAGCUUAACGCAUGGUACGAAGAAUACAAAGCCGUCCCCGCAAAUACACUCAAUGCACAGCAUACCGUCAUCCAAGCUGUGCAAGAUGACUCCCUCGAUCAAAACGCCAUUGAACAAGGCAUCCUGUCGCUCAUUACAAACAUCACUGUCUCGGGCAGGUUCUGUAGCGACUGUUCGUUCUUACUGUCUCACUGGCCCGACCUCGGCGACCCAACAGCCGUCGACCCAUCCACACAACGCAACUGGCCCGGUUCGGGCGCUGAUUGGAAACAUGCUGUUGCGCGGGAGUGUCAUACUCUACUCCUCCAAGCGGCGGCACGAAAGGGGUGUAGAUUUUGUGCUUUCUUAAUGCAGAUGAUACGGGAUGCGGGGUUGUGGGACAUAUUUCGCAAGGUGGAGGCGCGGAUGGUGUGGCUUGGUGAUAAGGGAGAAGAGAAAGGAAAGGAGAAGGCGUCGCUGUCAGUGCAGAACUGGGGCGAGAACAAGGCGCAGCUUUUGUGGGUGAAUUAUCCAGGAAAGGUGUGUCAAGGUUGCAAUGAGGGUGUAGGGCGGGAGAUGAGCUUCUUCAGCGGGGCCUUCGAGUCCACUGAAGAUACUUACCAUAGGGAGAAGGACGUCCUUGAUAUUGCGAAGGAUUGGUUGGAUAACUGUACAAACGGUCACGAGACCUGCAACAAGGAUCAGGGGAACACUUUGCCUACCAGGCUCAUGUCCGUCGCUGGCGACGAGCUGAAGCUGGUUACCACUGCAGGCUGGCAGACUAAGCCUCGUUAUAGCACUCUCAGCCAUUGCUGGGGUAACGAGACCUUUUUGAAACUCACCAAAGAGAAUUACGAAGCCUUCCACACAGUCAUACCCGAUCAAGAGCUUCCCAAAACGUUCAAAGACGCUGUCCACAUCAGUAAGCAACUUGGAAUAGGAUACCUUUGGAUUGACUCGCUUUGUAUCAUACAGGGCAAUACCGAAGACUGGCGAAGAGAAGCAGCAUUAAUGAGUUCCGUCUAUGGCAACUCUUCCAUCAACAUUGCCGCCGCCUCCGCCAUCAAUGCUCAUGGAGGCUGUUUUCUAAAGCGACCUUACCUGGUAGAUGGCCUCCGUGCACAAAUCUGCACUGCAGGAAGCACGCUCGUUCGUGACUUCCACUCCUCCUCCGUAUACUCACUCGCAACCACACAUUCCUACCUCGCAACCCGCGCAUGGGCGCUGCAGGAAAAGAUUCUUCCCCCGCGAACUAUUCAUUUUGGCAACCGCGGCGCCUUCUGGGAAUGCAGGAAAGAAAUUGCAAAUGAGUUCCUACCCGGAGGUUUUGGCAGUCGGUUGAUCAGCGGUCUAAACAGUGGCCGCAAAGGGCUGAAGCAUAUGAACUUGAUGCUAGAUACCUACACUCACGUCUUAGACGUUGACAUGGAGCUACUAGGUCAGGAUCCAUUCGGUGAAGUCCGUAGUGGGUACAUGAGCUUUGCGUGCUCUGGCAUGCUGGCUGCAACUCUUUCUCAUAAUAAUACCGUCAGGCUCGACCCAGGCUCGGCUGCAGACGACGUUUAUCCGAUCACACCAGACUGUAUAAACGACAAGGAGGAGAAAGAUAGUGGCACGGUCUACCUACUUCCACUCAUUGGUGGAGAAACCGCGGGUUCGUCCUGGAACGAGACGAAGAAGAUAUGGCAAUCUGAAGUGGCCAUCUCAGGGCUUGUGUUGAGGAAGCAGAGCGAUCUUGCUGGUAGCUUUUGCCGGAUUGGGAUCUUCCACGUCUGUAAAGAUUCAAUUCGCGGGAACGUGGAGGAAGAACGCCUUGAGUCGUUUGUCGAAGCGUUUGUGGAGAGGGGCGAGCUAGUAGCGAGCAGUAUAUGUAUGGAGGUUAUCGAAAACGAAACGAAUCCCCGGGAGAAGUACGUUGUCAUUGUUUUCUAG